AUGGCUUUGGCGCCACUGGUUAGUCGAUGUUUGAGUCAAAUUUGUAGAGCACUAGCAUCAUUAAAAAAUAAUUAUAUUAAGUUUCCAUUGACCAAUGAAGAGUUAGCUUCUAAAAAGGCAGAUUUUCGUAGAAAAUUUAAUAUGCCUUCGAUAAUUGGUGCGAUAGAUUGUACACAUAUACGGAUCAAAAAGGUGGAGGGUGACUACGCUCAAUUGUACAUUAAUAGAAAAGGCUUUUAUUCAAUAAAUGUUCAAGUAAUUUGUGAUGCAAAUUGUCAUAUAUUGCAUGUAAUUGCUCGUUGGAGAGGAAGUGCACACGAUUCAAGGAUUUGGAACGAAAGUCUUAUCAAGGAACAAUUUGAAAAUGGAUCAAUAAAUGGUAUCUUACUUGGUGAUAGUGGUUAUGCUUGUACUCCAUAUAUGUUAACACCAAUUCUUAAUCCUCAAAACGAUGUGGAGCGACAAUACAAUUACACACACAUCAGAGCAAGAAACACAAUAGAGAGAUUAUUUGGACAAAUCAAGCAACGUUUUCGCUGUCUAUUGCGAGGAAUGACCAUAAGCCUCGAGAACGCUAAAGUUGCUAUACAGUGGUGCUGA